CCUCUUAAACAAACAAUGAACAAACAUCUGGUGAGCCUGCUGCUGAUUGGAAUUGCAGCAUGGGGAAUUGGCUUCGGCCUCAUCUCUAGUUUCAAAGUUGUUGGAGUGGUAAUUGCAGUAGGAGUGUUCCUCUUCUUUAUUGCCUUAGUUGGAUUGAUUGGUGCAGUGAAACAUCAUCAAGUAUUGCUAUUCUUUUACAUGAUUAUUCUUCUGCUAGUGUUUAUUGUCCAGUUUUCUGUCUCCUGUGCCUGUUUGGCAUUAAAUGAGGAACAGCAGAGUGAACUUCUAGAGGUGGGAUGGACUAACACCAACAGCGCAAGAUCAGAUAUUGAGAGAAAUCUGAAUUGUUGUGGAUUCCGAGUUUUUUAUUCGAAUGCAACCUGCGCCGCUGAUUGUCUUAGGACUCUCCACUGUAGACCGUGUGCACCGAUAAUGGAGGAAUAUGCUGGAAUGGUGCUGAGAUUUGUCGGAGGGAUAGGACUCUUCUUCAGUUUCACAGAGAUUCUGGGAGUCUGGCUGACCUACAGAUAUAGGAACCAGAAGGAUCCCCGUGCAAACCCUAGUGCAUUUAUUUGAUAAGCUUAUAAAGGACUAAAUCUCUCUGCACCCUCUACUUAAAAAUACUGAUUCUCCAUAGUUUGGUAUUUCACCAUAAUAGGUAUUCUUCAUGUACCCAAAAUAAAACUCAAGUUCUGUAAGAAAUGUGUAGUUUUCAUAUUUAAUUUUUACUGUUUUUCUUCUAAGAAUCUCUAUCUUAAAGUAGAUGGGUGCAUUCAGUAGCUGGGCAGAGUUGAACUGCUGGUUAAGGCUUCGUUAAUUGAUAUGGUGAACUCUGUACAAUGAGUUUUAUAGCACUACUGGGUUAUCUGGUGUAAAAGAAAACCCCAGAGGUAUUUUCUGCUGUAUUCAUUGAUUACAAGAAUUCACAUGAAUUCUCAUUAAAAUGAUAAAAAUUUAUGGUGGAUGGUUGGGUAUGAUUUACUUAGGUUUUAGGAUGUACUCUUGUAAACUUUUUUGUCUCCCACUUUCCUGUUAAAAUAAAAAUAGAAACUAGAGAUGUUAUUUUCUAUAGUGCACAUAAGUGUAUGUUAAUGACUACUGUAGUCUUCAACCCUCCCCUUCCCUGUUUGUUUUGGUUUUCUUGUAGCUUUAGAAUUUUGUUGAGAAUAAAAACAAUGUUAAUGAAUACUGUCAUUAUGAGAACAAUGAAUGAAGAAAACCAGGAGAAUGUAAUCUGCAGCUGAUUAACUUGAAUUUUUUCCCCUUGACAAGUGAAUGAGGUUUGGUAUUUGCACAAUCAAUGUCUGUCAUCUCUGAUGUAAGAAACCUGAUAUCUGGAAAGUUGUUGUACAGCGAUUUUUUUUAGAUGGUGUAAAGUCAUUGUUGUAAUAACUGAGCAGUGUAUAUUUCUGUGUCAUCCAGAUAACAGUCUUGAUUUCAUGAGAGAUUGAAUGAUGUGUAAAAAAAAAAA